CGUAGGGCUCAGCCGCCGCGCGCCCAAAGGGGCGGGGCGCAGGGCGUGGCCUGGCGGCCAGGGGGCGGGGCCGGAGCCCGGGCCGGGUCGGCGGCGGCGCGGCCUGGAGCCGAGAGACAUGGAGCCAGGGAGGCCCCCAGGGGAGGGCAGCGGGGCCGGGCGGCGGCGGCGGCUCAGGAGCGGGGCGUUAACGUGACCUAUUCUAAGGAUUCCCCCUCCAGUCAGAGGUCUUCCACCAUGGCACCUGGCAAGGAGCGGAAAAUAUUAUAUGAUGUCUCUGAAGACCACGAGGAGGUCAUCAGCACGGUCUACAGCAGCCCAGUCCCGCAGGAGUCUCCGGAGUCCAAUGAUGAACCAUUCACCACCUACUUUGAUGAGAAGAUUCCUAUCCCUGAAGAUGAAAAGCACUCAUGGUUUAGCUUCCGCAAACUCUGGGCCUUCACAGGGCCAGGUUUUCUCAUGAGCAUCGCCUACCUGGAUCCAGGCAACAUCGAGUCGGAUUUACAGUCAGGCGCUGUCGCAGGGUUUAAGGUCAGUGUGAAACUUUCCAAACUGUGAAGCAAUUUUAUGCUGUACUUCCAGGCCCACCACCUCUCCCAGCAGGUGCCUAGCGCAGCUUCCAGAUGAAGGCGCUGAACCAGUGUUGGGCUAAGUGCCAAAGGCCUCAUCAGUGCUGUUGUGCUGAAAGGUUUGGCCAGACUCCCUACUGCAAGGGGUCUAAAGGUCUGCCUCCUGCGUUGCUUGGAAGUUACCCUCUUGGAUGGGUUGGGGG